AUGGCUCUUAAAGUUCUUUCGAUCCAUGGUUCUUCUAAAUCUAUCAAAGUUAUUUCAAGCAAAGAAAUCCAAAUGAACAACAGGGAAAAUUAUAAUCUGUGCUUUUCCGUACUUGUUGCUUCUCUUCUACGGCUACUUUACCAUAAUAAUCAAGAAACCAUUCGUAAACCAUGUGGUUUUGAUGCUCUUAUGAUUUUCGUCAUGUUCUGCUUCACUGGUGCUUUUGGUGUGUCAUUGAUAAGGAACAAGCCACAGCUUGCAACACUUCGCAGGUUUUACUUCGUAAUCUCAAUGGUUUCUAUGGCUUCAAAUUUGUCAAGUUUGGCCUUCGCCUUGUUUUCCGAGAGUUUCAGGUCUGUGGACUUGAAUUUAGAGGAAGGUACAGCAAGAAAAUAUUCUGGAGAACUUAGAAAUAGAACAGUCUCAGGGGAGUUCCAAAGAGGGCCAAAUUCUGAUGCUGAAAUUCCAGGGUCUAGGAGAAUUAGAGAACUACCAAAAUCUAGACAUCAGAAUAUGGUGGUCAAACACUUGCUUUGUGUGAAGAAAAUCCUUGAUCCACAGGGGCCAUUCGGGAAGUGGAUUUGUCUUAGUUUGUGUGUGAUUGCAAGCUUAUUGGAUCCUCUGUUUUUUUACAUUCCCGUGAUCAAUGAUCUUAAAAAAUGCAUUGGAUUAGACAAAACAUUGGGGAUUACAGCUAGUGUUUUGCGUUCUGUCUUUGACUUCUUUUAUAUAAUUUAUAUCAUCCGCAUGCCUAGGAACCUUUUUGCUCCUUGGUCAAACUGUGGAGGAGAUAAUUCACAAAAAAAUGCAAGGAAACGUUCCCUUUGCUUCUUCCUAGUGGAACUUCUCGCCAUUCUUCCCCUACCACAGGUUGUGAUCUUAAUUAUAGUUCCAACAAUUAGAGGCUCUGAAUCUUUUAUUGCAAUGAAGUUGUUGAAAUUUUCUGUUCUUUUUCAAUAUGUGCCCAGGCUUAUCAGAAUUUACCCAUUGUUUACCAAAGCUACAAGGACUUCAGGCAAACUUGCUGGAGCUACAUGGCUCAAAGCUGCAUUCAAUCUUCUUCUCUACAUGUUUGCUGGUCAUGUAUUUGGAGCCUUAUGGUACUUUUUUGCCAUAGACAGAGAGACUGUAUGCUGGAGUAAAGCUUGCAUAAAUCGUACCAGAUGCCAUUAUGGUUCUUUUUACUGUGAUGACAAUUUAGGAGACUACUCAUUUCUAAAUGAUUUUUGCCCUACAAAAACUCAAAAUACAACUUUAUAUGAUUUUGGAAUAUUUCACGAUGCUCUUCAGUUUGGUAUAGUCGAGGUGACAGAUUUUCCCCAAAAGUUCUUGCAUUGUUUCCGUUGGGGCCUGCAAAACCUUAGUUCUUUUGGUCAAAAUCUUCCAGCUAGUACUUAUGCUUUGGAUAACUUAUUUGCAAUUUCAAUUACCAUCUCUGGCUUGGUGUUGUUUCUCUUUCUCAUUGGUAAUAUGCAGAUAUAUCUGCAGUCCAGGACUGCAAGAUCAGAAGAGAUGAGAAUAAAAGGGCUAGAGAUAGACCAAUGGAUGCCCUUCCGAAAGCUCUCUGGGAAUCUCCAAGACCAAGUUAAGAAAUACCAGAGAUACUUAUGGCGAGAAACCAGUGGCGUUGAUGUAGAAAAUUUGCUCAAUAAUCUUCCCAAGGUCCUCAGAAGGAACAUAAAACGCGAACUCUGCUUAGACCUUCUAAAGAAAGUAGAGGAGUUUAAGAAGUUAAAUGAAGCAACAUUAGACUCAUUGUGUGAUUGUGUAAAGCCAGCUUUCUACAUUAAGCGGACUCACAUUAUUCGAGAGGGAGACCCAAUUGAUGAAAUGUUCUUUGUUGUGCAAGGAAAAAUAUGGACAUACAAUUCCAAGGAUAGAACAACAGGUUCUGCCUCUUUGAACACUGAUAAUCUCGGAGAUAAUGAUGGUAACAGAAGGAAAAAACAUUUUCUUCAAGAUGGAGACUUCUGUGGUGAGGAACUUGUUGCCUGGGCUCUGGGUUAUCCCUCUUUAUCCAACCUCCCUAUUUCAACUAGAACUAUUCAAGCACUUACAAAAGUUGAAGCUUUCACUAUUAUGGCGGAUGACUUGAAAAAUGUGUUCAUUAAGCACCAGCUUUCCAGCUCUUCUGGAUUGAACUUGAAUCACUUGAUGACUCAGGCAGCUCGAAUCAUACAAGAUGCUUGGCGCCGCCAUCAUUCAAGAAGGAACUCGCGAAGGUCUACCCAAGAAAUGGAGUUCAGUGGCUGGCAACGCUUUACCGAAUGUCACAUCGUCGAAGCGAACACAACCAACAGUGUCUCACCAGUAAGCAGGCCUGAGACCGUGGUUGAAAAACAAUAGAUCGGUCAGUUCUUGUGGUUUACAUGCCUGGUCUUCUAAUAAUAGGCCAAGUUUUGUAUGAGAAUUGAGAAGUAUAAAAUUAUGCUCAUUGCUCAAUGUAACAAACUACAUUUCAUGACAGAGCAACAAAUAAAGAUAUAAAACAACCAACAGGUUAUUUUUUGCAUGAAAGUGUAAAAUUUUAUUAAUAGUUCUGGGAUUUUUAGAUUUCUGACUUGGGUUUGAUUAAAAUUUUG